AAAAUUGGUGUGAAUUUGGUUUUGGUUGGUAUCUUCGUAUGGGACUUCACUUCUGACAAACUUCAUGCCUACGUUCAUUGUGGAAUAAAGUUGUACACUGGUUGGUGGAUCUGUAAUGCAUGCACAUUCAAUUUUGCCUGCGUGUGAAAAGUAUGACACGUUUAAAUCUAUUCAGAUUUAUUUUUUAAUUGUGUUAUUUUUGCGAGGUAUCUUAUUUCAUUUUUGAAAAUCUUUCAUGUGCAUCAAGAAAAUGAGUGUUAUCUGUUUGAUCUUAAAAGUGUUUACUUAGACGUUAUGAUGUUGGAUAAUGAACAGUCCGCUUUGUCAUCCAGUUCUGUAUUCAGACUGUCCAGAGUUGCUGUUGGCGGUGACCAUGCCGAAAGGAGGGGGAGGGUUGGGGGUGGACACCGAGAUGGGGGUCGGAGGGGGGGUGCGUGCGAGGGGGCAUUCGCGCAGCGCGAGUCACGGCGGCGCAACAGCCGGCGCAACGCUGUCGCCUGCGACGUCUGCGGGCGCGGUCGGACGGCCGUCUGCGCUCAAGCAACGCGGCCACCAGCGCGCCUUCUCGCAGGGCAUGAUCGAGGCCGACGGCAUUAGCUUUGUGCGCGGCCACAACCGCGUCAACUCCAAGACCGACUUCAUCCUGCCGCCAGGCCACCGCGAGAACGACUCGCUCACCGCGCUCACCCAGAAAACGCGCGGUCACUCGCGCCAAGCGUCGCGGUCCGAGUCCAUCUACACGCUCCGCAAUAACGCACCGGCGCCCAAGUGGCGUCAGCUGCUUUGUGAUUGGCUGCAGCUCAUCCCCCCCGUCGAGGAAUCCCGCUUCCGGACUGUUGUCCCCAACCACCUCAUCCCCCCGCACACCCCCGCCAAAGAGCACCCGAACGGCAACCGAUGCAACAACCGCAUCUGCACCACCAAGUACACUCUCCUAUCCUUCCUCCCCAAGAACCUUCUAGAACAAUUCCAUCGCGUGGCCAAUCUAUACUUCAUAUUUAUUGUGCUACUCAACUGGUUUCCGACUAUCAAUGCGUUUGGCAAAGAGGUGGCCAUGAUUCCGGUGAUGUUUGUGUUGGGUGUGACCGGCAUCAAAGACUUGUUUGAAGAUAGGCGCCGCCAUGCCAGCGAUAAGCGCAUUAACAACUCCUUUUGCAGAGUUUAUGUCAGUGAAGAAGAGAGGUACCAAAAGAUACUUUGGAAAGAGAUACGUGUGGGAGACAUUGUACAUUUAUCGAACAACGAGAAUAUCCCGGCAGAUAUUCUGCUGUUGCGGUCGAGCGAUCCCCAAGGCUUGUGCUACGUCGACUCUUGCAAUCUGGAUGGAGAGACCAAUUUGAAGCAACGACAAGUUGCUAGAGGAUUUUUGAAGAAGCAACCAGAAUUCGUUCCAAGCCUGUUCAGAAGCGUGGUUGAAGUGGAGGCUCCAACAACGAAGAUCUACAGGUUCCAUGGUGCUAUCAUUCAUCCUUCAGGAGAGCGCGUUCCUGUUGGCACUGAGAAUCUACUCCUUCGUGACUGUGUGCUCAAAAAUACCGACUAUGUUGAGGGCAUUGUCGUCUACGCUGGCCACGAAACGAAAGCGAUGCUGAACAACAACGGGCCGCGAUGGAAGCGCUCCAGUCUGGAAAAGAAGAUCAACGAGGACAUAAUGUGGUGUGUGGUGAUUCUGCUGGUGUUCUGCUGCCUCGGCGCAUCCGGCAGCUGGCUCUGGCUCUCCUCCUUCCCCCUCCACACCCGCAUCCCCUUCCUGCCCUAUUCCGCCAGUCCCGGCUACGAGGGCUUCCUCACCUUCUGGACGUUCAUCAUCAUCCUGCAAGUUAUGAUACCGUUAUCUUUGUAUGUGACUGUGGAGAUGGCGAAACUUCUACAGGUUUAUCACAUCAACAAUAACUCUGAGCUUUAUGAUCCCGAAACUGAUAAAAUGGUUGAAUGUCGUGCUUUAAACAUCACAGAGGAAUUAGGGCAGGUUCAGUACAUAUUUUCUGAUAAGACUGGUACAUUGACAGAAAAUAAGAUGAUAUUUCGAAGGUGUACUAUCAAUGGUGUUGAUUAUAAUCAUCAUCCUCCUACAGAUCAACAACAGAAGGAUAUGGGUGGUCACGUGAACUUUGUGUCAGUGAAUAGUCGCCUUGAAACCGACCUGAGUGGUGACAGUGCCGUGUCACACAAAGUGCGAGAAUUCUUCCUGGUGCUAUCUCUGUGCAAUACUGUUGUCGUCGCCAAGCAUCCACAUCAUGACAGUAUGAACGCCAGCGGCGUAAUCGAGCCGGAACUAAGCACCCACGUCGAGUUCAUUCCGAAGCCGCAGACAUCUACCACAGUGUCCAGUUCGCGGUCGCGCUACCGCCGGCUGGCCGAGAGUCGCUCGAUAACGCCGUCGCCGACGCCGCUCUCGACAGCGUCAGCCGCUGACGACACCAUGUCCACAACGCUCGAGGAGGAAUCGCCGCCGCGACCGCCGCCGCCGCCGGAGGUGCGACAGUCACUGCGCGAACGCGGCCUGCCGUCGCUGAUCAGUUUUGGUCGCGCGACCACACUGUCGCCGAUCGCGUCGUCGCCCGACUCGUCCCCCACCACCAAGCAUACCGCCGCAGCUGCAGCCAACUCGCCGCCACGGCCCAAGCUGCUCAACGUGCCCAUGCCUGCCAUUCUCUCCAGCGUCGUCUAUCGGCGCAACAAGAAUGGUGUUAACAAUAAUUCACCGAAAGUGCCAGAGUCUUCUGCAGUGAAGCCAAUCUAUGAGGCUGAAAGUCCUGAUGAAUUGGCUCUCGUGGAGACCGCCUACAAUUACAAUGUGUGUUUACUCUCUAGAAUGCCUAAUUCUGUUACCGUUGGUAUGCUAGGGGAAAAUCCUGUUGAUUACGAGAUAUUGAAGGUGCUUCCAUUUGACUCGGCUCGUAAAUGUAUGUCCGUAAUUCUCAGGUUUUCCAGUAACGAUCAGAUCGUUAUGUUUUGUAAAGGUGCUGACUCUACUAUUCUAUCGAGGCUAGCUCCAAUAGAUGAUCUACAAUCGCAACAAAUGUUGUUUAGAACACAGCAGCAUCUUAACCUGUAUGCGAGACAGGGAUUGCGGGUGCUGGUGAUGGCAAGGCGCCAUCUGAGUGAGAGCGAGUUCUCCAACUGGGCGACGCGACUCGAGGAGGCCGAUCUGUCGCACGACGCUAGAGACAGGAAGCUCAGGGAAGCCUACCUCGAUAUAGAACAGAAUCUCACCCUGAUCGGUGCGACGGGCAUCGAGGACCGACUGCAGGAGGGAGUGCCUGAGACGAUUGCGUCACUGCGGGCGGCUGGCAUCGUGGUGUGGGUGCUGACAGGCGACAAGCCAGAGACGGCCAUCAAUGUGGCCUACUCGGCGCGCCUCUUCUCGCCCAGCUGCGAGCUGCUCAAGCUGUUCGCGCGCAACAAGGAGACAGCCGAGUCCACCAUCCACCUCUAUCUGGCGGCGGUCGAGGGCCGCACCACCACUGAUGUAACAAAUCAGGGCCAGCCUUCAACGGAGAACUCAACCAGAUCGGAGAGAAUUUCUAACAACAGGAAGAAAGCUCUUGUAGUCGAUGGAAAAACAUUAACGUAUAUUCUAGAUAGACGAUCAAACCUACAAGAACCAUUUCUGCGACUGACCAGGCACUGUACGUCAGUGCUGUGCUGUCGAGCUACUCCUCUGCAAAAGGCCUACAUUGUGCGCAUUGUCAAACAACAACUCAAAACUAGAACUCUGGCUAUCGGUGACGGCGCGAACGACGUGUCGAUGAUCCAAUCAGCUGACGUUGGCAUUGGCAUCUCGGGCCACGAGGGAAUGCAGGCCGUCAUGUCGUCGGACUUCUCGAUGCCUCGCUUCAAGUUCCUCGAGCGACUGCUGCUCGUGCAUGGCCACUGGGCCUACGACCGGCUUGCUCGCAUGGUCCUCUACUUCUUCUACAAAAAUGCUGUGUCUACGAUCAAGAUGUUCCACAGCAAAUAUUGCUGACCAGGCCAGGCCUCUACAAGCAGGGCAGGCUGGGAUUCACCUAUCAAAGCCAUUCGUUUUGGCUCACAACAGCCGAUGCCUUCUAUCAGAGUAUUGUCAUUCUCUUCAUUUCUGCUGAGGUUUACAAUGAAACAGAUGCGGGUAUUUGGGAGUUCGGAAUUGCAAUUGUAACAUCAUGCAUGUUUGCUAUGUUGCUACAAGCAGCGUUAGAAACUAAAUCAUGGACCAUCCUUCAUGUUGGAUCGAUUAUUCUAUCGCUGGGAGGCUACUUUGUCUUCUGUUUCAUCUACAAUUCGAUCUGCAUGCAAUGCUUGGGCCUCCCCAGCAACGUGUGGGUGCUGCGUUCAACCCUCGCUUCUCUCGAAUUCUGGUGCCUAGUGCUACUGUCUACAGUAGCCGCUCUUCUACCAAGGGUUACAGUAAUGGUGCUAAUCAAUAUCUAUUGGCCGAGUGAUACAGUGCGAGUUAUGAUGGAAGAGAGGAAUGCCAUGAAACAUGGAGAUAACUUUCUUGUCUCGUGGUCCAGAUCUACUUCAACAUCAUCAAUAUACAGAACGGGCGAAGCGCCUCCCAAAGACACAGCAGUGCCGAUCGGCGCCACGCUGACGGCGGUUGGCUAACGGCGGCCUCCAUCCUGUGACUUCCUCUAGUUUGUAAACUAGCAAAAUGGCUGUGAUAAUUAGGACCAACUCAAACAACACAUUUUAACCGGACCAGUGCUGCCAUCAUAAGUAUGUUGCGUGUCUUAUAAUCAAACAUACAAUUUAUUGACUGUCUAGCAUCAACGAAAUUCACUCGUGAAGUGACGACGAUGACAAUUUUAUUAGAGACAAUUUUCAAAUUUUAUUUCUAUUUUGUUUUGUUCUUUUUAUACAUGUUAAUAUUUAUUCCAACAUUUUUCACCUGCGUGGUUAUAUCUUUUCCUGUUUUUUAAACAAUUUACAAUGUUUUCCAAGUAUGCUUAGAAUGUAUUAUUCCCUUACAUGUAUAUUGUAGAUAUGCUUAGUGGCAUAAUUAUUGUUGUUAAUUUUGUAUCAUACGAAAAAUUCCAAUUGUAAUCAAA